AUGGGGCCGCAGGGUGGCACUGAGAUUUCUAGCAGUCCUAGUAGUGUAGUGGAUGGAAUACUGAAGCCAGUGAUGACGAUGGUGGCGGUUCAGAUUGCAUAUGCAGCAAUGGGUAUCUUCUACAAACUUGCAGCAGACUCUGGAAUGAAUCUCAAUAUUCUCGUGGCCUACCGUCUCAUGUUUUCCUCCGCCAUUAUGAUUCCUCUUGCUCUUAUAGUCGAAAGGAACAGCAGGCCCAAACUUACUCUAGUUGUACUCUUCCAAGCUUUUCUCUGCGGAUUAUUUGGUGGAUCAUUGUCACAAAAUUUAUACAUAAAGGGAUUGGCCUUAACAUCACCAACAUUUUCUGCAGCCGCUGCAAAUCUGAUUCCAGCCAUCACCUACAUCACGGCAAUCUGUUUCAGGUUGGAGAAGUUGACACUAGGAAGCCAUGCAGGGAAGGCAAAGCUCGUGGGAACCGUUGUGGGUAUUGCUGGUGCUAUGGUCUUUACCUUCUACAAAGGACCAGAAUUCUCAAUCUGGUCUGUUCACGUUGACCUUCUCCGAGGACACCACCCGGCGCCGUCAUCCUCCCAUGGAAGCACCGGUAGCCACUUGCUGGGCGCCUUCUUCGCUUUCGGCAGCGCCGUUGCCUACUCAAUGUGGCUCAUAGUUCAGGCAAAAAUGAGCAAGAGAUAUCCAUGCCCUUACUCGAGCACGGCUCUGUUGUCAGUGAUGGGAUCGAUUCAGUCGGUAAUUUUUGCAGUCUGCGUGGAGAGGGAUUGGAGCCGGUGGAAAUUGGGUUGGAACAUCAAGCUUUUUACCGCUGCAUAUACGGGAAUUGUGGCUUCGGGGAUGGUGGUGGUUAUGAUCUCCUGGUGUGUACGCAAGCGAGGUCCAUUGUUCGUGUCAGUGUUCGCUCCUCUUUGCCUAGUGAUUGUGGCGAUUGCUAGUUCUUUGUUGCUCAAUGAAAACUUAAGCCUGGGAAGCGUAUUAGGAGGGACUUUAAUUGUAUGUGGGUUAUACAUGGUGCUAUGGGGAAAGAGCAAGGAGAUGAAGAGGGUUAUUGAUGUAAACAGUGAUCAAGAACAACCAGCUGCAGUACCAGCACUGCCAUCUUCAACAAGACCCCAAGAUUCCAAACUCAUCGAAAUCGUCGAAACAACUCGAGCGCCUGACACUAAUACCUCCGAUAACAAUAACAGCAACACAAUUGUUGGAUCUAGUUGA